CAAGUUUAAUACUAAUUUAUAAUAUAUACAAAUAAACGUUUUGGUGUUUCUUCGUCGACGUCGCUAUCUCCAAUCUCAUUACUCCCCUUUCUCAAUGAUCAUAAAACCUACUUCGAUUCUACUCCUUAUCAACUGAAUCACCGAAAAACCUCACCUUUUUUCUUUUUCCGAUCAUGGGGAAUCUGAUCAGUUUGAUCUUCUGCUGCGGGAGAAGGCAGAGGAGCAAUAUUCCUCCGGCGAUGGAAACGGCUCCUCUUGAACUCCCACCGAACAGAUUUGUAUUCGCCGCCGUGCCACCAUAUCUGAACCCUAACCCUAACUACGUUGACCAGUAUCCAGGUAACUGCCUUCCUCCGCCAGUAACUGAGCCGCCGAUGCUACCGUACAAUUUCAACCAUUUGCAUCACUAUCCUCCCAACAGUUACCAACUACCUCAUCCUUUGUUUCACGGCGGUAGAUACCCUAUACUGCCGCCUCCUACGUACGUCCACCAGAAAGCCGUCACGAUUCGUAACGAUGUUAAUCUGAAGAAGAAGACUUUAACGCUCAUACCCGACCCGGAGAAUCCGAAUCGACUUCUUGUCUCCUUCACAUUUGAUGCAUCCAUGCCCGGAAGGAUCACAGUUGUUUUCUUUGCUACAGAAGAUGCAGAAUGUAAUCUUAGAGCUACAAAGGAAGAUACUUUGCCUCCAAUCACUUUUGAUUUCGGAGAAGGACUUGGUCAGAAGUUCAUACAAUCAUCUGGAACGGGUAUAGACUUGACGGCGUUUAAAGAUUCCGAGCUAUUCAAGGAGGUGGAUACAGAUGUCUUCCCGUUGGCGGUUAAGGCGGAGGCAACUCCAGCGGAAGAAGGAAAGUCUGGUUCCACCAAUGUGCAGAUUACUCAAGUGGUGUAUACCAAGGAGAAAGGAGAGAUUAAAAUAGAAGUGGUGAAGCAGAUACUAUGGGUGAAUAAGAGGAGGUAUGAGCUGCUUGAGAUUUAUGGGAUUGAGAACACGGUUGAUGGUUCCGAUGAGGGAAAGGAAUGUGUUGUAUGCUUGUCUGAACCACGCGAUACAACUGUUCUUCCUUGCAGACACAUGUGUAUGUGUAGCGGGUGCGCAAAGGCGUUAAGGUUUCAGACAAAUCUGUGCCCAGUUUGCAGACAACCUGUUGAGAUGCUUUUGGAGAUUAACAAGAACGGAUGAAAUGGAGAUGGAGAAUGAACAAAUUUAGUUAAGCAAUCGACUUGUGUAAUAUAUGCCAUGCUUAAUUAAGACGUAAAACGUUAUGGUUCAAUAUAUUAUAAGUGGAAACUGAGUUCUUAAAUAGCAAUGAU